AUAGCUCUCUCGACCGACUAAGACAUAACCCAAAGAAUAGGAUUUUGGGUUUCGAUUUGGACUUGGAUUUCAUGGAGUUCUUCCGCGGCUGGACGCGUUUGGAGGACAAGGCGUUCGAGAGGGCGCUGGUGGCGAUUCCAGAGGGAGCACCGGAUCGGUGGUCGCUAAUCGCGGCGCAGGUGCCCGGGAGGAGCCCGACGGAGGUGUGGGAGCGCUACCAGCUGCUGGUAAGGGAUCUCGAGAUGAUCGAGCGCGGGGAGGUGGAGACGCCCGGCAAGUGGGACGACGAUGACGACGACGACGACGCGGGCGAGAGUACUGACGCCGCCGGGAACUCCGACAGCCGCGGUCACCAGAUCUCCUUCGGCCGGGGCCGCGGCGAGGAGCGCCGCCGGGGGAUUCCAUGGACGGAAGAGGAGCACAGGUUGUUUUUGGAAGGGCUGGCCAAAUAUGGAAGGGGUGAUUGGAGGAAUAUUUCAAGAUGGGCGGUAAAAACAAGAACGCCAACUCAGGUGGCCAGCCAUGCUCAAAAAUAUUUCAUCCGUCAGAGCCAAAAUGCCAGUAAUAGAGAGUCCAAGAGAAAGAGCAUCCAUGAUAUCACUACUCCUUGAAAGGAUCAUAUGCUGGACUCGUACAUCCAUGUUAUGAAAUAAAUAAUACUGGCAAGUGGCUUUUUUAUUCUCUCUAUGCUUUUUUUUAAUACAUGGCUUAGCCUGAAAUGUAAAGUAUAUAAAUUGUACAAUGUUAUUAUCUUUGAAAUUGUACACCAAAAUUAAAUCAUCUAUCAUAAAGAUUUUUCUCAGGUCCAAUGUAUUGGAAAAAAAAAUGCAAUCAAAACAAUAAUAUUGUAAA